AUGAAGUUCGACUCCUUGAUGCGCACGAAACCGUCGACAGAGUUGACCAGUGACGUUUCCACUGUCAAACAAAAAUUUUUCAAGUCGAAACGAAACUCUGAACUUUGGCUCGAAAAUCCACAGAUGCCUCUUCCAGUGCGAUUCAGUAGGCAACACCGUUGCGACCUUCCGCAGGACCCCAGGAUAUUGGAAAACACGAAUUCUCCGUAUGCCACUUUCUCCCAAAAAUUGUGCCUCUGGAUCUUAAACUUCACAACGAUCGACGUCGAUUGUGUCGAUAGCAGCUACGUCCGAAGCUACGCAGCGUUCAUUAAUGAAAGGCGGCGACAUUUAAACAACGCGAACUACAGGUUCAUCAUCCACCCCUUCAGUAAAUUCGAGAAGUGCAAGCAGAUUGUCAUGCUGGUGUUCUGGUUCUCCGCGCUAGUUUUGCAGUCGUACAUUGGCACGUUUGACGAAAAGGAUCUCUACUUUCGAAAGUCGAUGGCGAUGCUUCACGCAAUCUUCAUCAUCAACGUUAUUCUCCUCGUGGAUAUAGGGAUACGGUUCUGUACGGGGUACACGGUAGCCACAACGAGGUCUGUGAUUUUGCACCGUCGCUUGAUCGUUCACCACUACUUAAAGACCUUUUUUUUCUUCGACUUUGUCGCUACCAUUGGCUACAUGUUAUUUUAUUUCAUUCCGACGUUUGACAAAUCAACCCUAAUUUUCCUGUAUCAGUUGCACGCGGCGAGGCUCCCGAGGCUUGCAACCUUCUUCAGGAAACUAUCGGGCCUAUUACAGGAACACAGAGUCCGGGAGACCGUUCGAGUACCUGUCAUGCUUUUGAUGUUGGGUUUGACGUUGCUGCACUACUUAACCUGCUUGGCCGCUCGAGUCGGAGUCUACCAAAGACUCUACGACGUACCUCGUCAGCUGUCUUGGUUGCAUGAGUACAAGAAGAUCGCCGCUAAGCAAGCUUUCGCGAAGAAUAUCCAUAUGAACACCAUCGACAUCCCCGCACAUCGCCUGUACUUGCUAUACAUGACGGUGACGUCGUGCCACUUCUUCGGAGCCGGGACUUCGAUUUACCGAACCAGGGACAACAUCGAACGGUUCAGUUUAUCUCUGACACUCAUGAGCGGCCUGGCCUUCUACAUCUACUGCUUAGCCAGAAUCCUGAGGCUCUUCGGAGUGUUAAACAUCUCCGAAAUGAAGUUCGAAUCGCUACGAAUACAAGCCGAAAGCUACAUGGUCCACAAGUCCUUUCCCCAACAACUGAAGAAGCGCAUCUUCAAGUACUACGACUACAAGUACAACAACAAGUUUUUCUCCGAGCAAGAGGUCCUGGGCACUCUGAGCGAACACCUGAAAAUGGAAGUUCUUCUUUAUAGCUGCCGGAACCUGAUCCAACGAGUGCACGCCUUCAAGGGACUGACUAGGUCCGACGUCGGCUGCAUCCUUGCGCAGUUGAAACAAGAGAUUUUCGUGCCGGGAGACACGAUCCUGAAUUCCACCGAGGACACGGGAUGCAUUUACUUCAUUCUUCUUGGGACGUGCGGGAUAAUAACGCUUAGAGGGAAGGAGGUGAUGCAUAUCGAAGACGGCGAUUUCUUCGGAAACAUCCUCGAACCGAAAGAGUUCGGGGCUGAAAAUAUUUUGUACUCGGUCCUGGCUCUGGAGAUGGUAGAAGUGUACAAGUUGGAACCGGAGGAUCUGAAUUACUGCGCUAGGACGCAUCCCCGGAUUAAAGACAAGCUGGAGAGUAUAGAAAAAGCGAAAUAUCGCCGGUACAUUAAUUUGUUCAGGGCAGAAGAUGAUGAAGACACGACGGGGGAUAUUUUGCGCGAACUGAGGAAAAAGAAGAUUCUAGAGCAAGGGUUACACAGGAGCUUGUUUGAGUAG